ACCGUCCCUUCCUUCCAUUUCCAACUUUAUUUUCUCCUUUUUUUUUUCUUCCAUUAAUUCAUCAGUUCUCUCUCCAAAUUAAACCACAAGAAAAGCCUUCUCUCCUCGUUUACUCUUGAGAUGGGAGGCAAAGGAGGUGCUGCUCCCUCCCCAUCUCCAACAUCCUCAUCUGUGGUCUGUUGCAUGUGUGGCGAUCACGGGCUGUCUAAAGAGCUCUUUCAGUGCAAGAUCUGCCUUGUUAGAUCUCAACACAAAUACUGCAGUGAUCUCUAUCUAAAAACUGAGACCUAUAGAGCAUGCAAUUGGUGCCUAAGGGAUGAAGGAGUCAAGUCUCUCCCUCAGGAAUCCACCCAAGAUCACAACAACUCAACCUCUUCGUCCUCCAGUAGUAAUAUUAAUGGAGGGCUGGGAGUGAAAUUGCACCGGGGUGCCUAUGCAUUGCACCUCAGCAAGCCCAUCAAAAAACCAAGAGUGCCCGAGAGAUCAUCGACAGAUGUGAUCGAUAUCGCAAGACCGGCAGGGCUAUCCCCGGGCUUGGGGAAGACCAAGCAUGCCUUCAGAGGGAAGGUUAGAAGGUAUAAGCUCUUGGAAGAGGUAUCUAGCUAAAUGUAUCAGAGAGAAUAACAAACUAAAGUUUAUUUCAUGUACCUGUCUUCACACAUAUAGAAGAGGACAUAAUCUUCAUGUUUUGGGGUGGUUAAAAGUAAGAUCAAUGCAACAGAGAAGAACAAUUGUAUCUUUUUUUCUUCUGAGGAACAAAUCAAGAGUAAAGAUGAAUAAGGUUGUGAUCA